AUGGCAUCUGCACAACCCGGUUACCACAACGUUCGCAACAUCUUGACCGGCUUUGGAUCUCUGGCCCAUGUCAUCGCCAGCGAUGCCGACCACAGCACCGAAGUCUACAGACGCUUCGGCCCCCUUGGGGCACGCGAUCGCCUGUAUUAUGAAGCGGAGCUCGCAGAGCUUGAAGCCUUGCAGGAUCAAUAUGACCUGGAAGACGCCAUUGACGGUUCGAAGCUGGACGACAUGACUUCAGAUCUAUCAUAUCAUGUACGGAGGAACGCUCGAAGCUGGCAAGCAUUCAAGGAGAGUGGCGCCAAUGGGUCUAAUGAUGGCCGCUGGAGGAAACGGAUGGAUCUUGCUAUGCAAAUCCGACGCACUUUGAGGGAAUACCGAGAAACCCUGAUCCAAGAGUCAACCCUUCUGUCUCUAGGACCACCGUCGAAGCAAAUCAUGACCGCUCUAUCCAAGAACUUCCACAGCCAUAUACCAGGCUCCCAGACCGGUGGCGGUCAACCAACGACCGACUCGGCAAUCAUGGGCGCCGGUGCAAGGCUGUACCCCUUACCCCAGACCAUCUCCGAGUCCCAGAGGUCCUCGUCCGAUCACGUAUCCCUAGUUGCCAACCCGGACCCCGACCUUCUCACUUAUUUCCUCAAGACACACUGCUCGCGACUCUUCCGCACCAGGCCACAGACUCUGCCGACUUCAUCACACCUUUCCCACUUGAACUCGCCCCAAUUGACACACUACUCGCUGCACUAUGUCAACACCACCACAUUCCUGCUCUCUACGCUACUAUCGGCACUCCUGUUGUUCCUACCCAUCUAUAUCCUGUACAAUGUGUCGUCUUCUCGGCCGGGCAUGACACUUGGGUUGAUCGCAAUGUUCACGACGUUGUUUGCCAUCACCGUCGCGCUGAUCACGAAUGCCAGAAAAGCGGAGGUGUUUGGCUCGUGUGCCGCCUAUGCUGCUGUGCUGGUCGUUUUCGUGAGUGGUGAUUUCGCAGGGAGUGCGUCGGGGCGAUGA